AUGAUUGCAUUGGAUUGUCACGGCAUUGCAAGCGGCUCCUUGCACGGUGGAAUGAAAACUCAGCAGAGAACAUGGCAACUCACCAGAUUCCAGAACAAUAUCAAGAUUGAGGCCUUUAUAGUAUCUAUUGAAGCUGGAGGUGUUGGCUUGAAUAUGACGUGUGCUGAUGAGGUCUACCUGAUGGAUGCCCAUUGGAAUCCGCAGAUUGUGCAACAAGCAAUUGACCGUCUACAUCAAAUAGGCCAGACCCAUCCUGUGAAGGUGUAUCAUGUGGUUGCAGGGGAAUCAGUUGAACAGCACCUAUUCAAUGUACAGAAAAAGGAAGCUUCCCUGGCAAGAAAAGUAAUUGCAUUUUUGGUUCCCAAGGAUCAACUUAAAUAUUGCAUCAACCCACGACACAAAAUGGAUGUCUUGGAGAAUAUAGGCAAUGUGAAUGCAUGCUAUGCAGAAUAUGUCUAG